AUGUCCUCGUCAGGCCUCACCCGGCGUCGUGGCGCUGGCGGAGGCGGAGGCGGAGGCGGCAUCGCCAACAGUGAAGGUGAAGCUAGCAGUGCCGCGUCGAGAACCAAUUCCUCCCACGUCGUCAGAGACAGCGGCCCAGAUACAAGCUUCGAGAGCAGCGAAAACGGCCACAAAAUUGCGUUCGACCCCAGAGAUAUCAGCGAGAGCGCCGAGCGCAGCAAACAGCCCAAGUUGACCAUGAUGGAGGAGGUCUUACUCUUGGGACUCAAAGACAAGCAGGGAUAUCUGUCCUUUUGGAACGACAACAUUUCCUACGCUCUCCGAGGAUGCAUCGUUCUCGAACUGGCCUUCCGCGGCCGCAUCAGCAUGGAAAAAGACCCUUCCAGACGGCGAUUUCCUCCAGCCGAUCGAAACAUCGAAGUCAUCGAUGAUACCUUGACCGGCGAGGUCUUGCUCGACGAGGCUCUCAAAAUGAUGAAGCAGAGCGAGAAGAUGAGUGUAAGCUCUUGGAUCGACUUGAUGAGCGGCGAGACGUGGAACUUGAUGAAGAUUGGCUACCAGUUGAAGCAAGUUCGCGAGCGAUUAGCCAAGGGCCUCGUAGAUAAAGGCAUCCUGCGGACGGAGAAGCGUAACUUCCUCCUAUUCGACAUGGCCACUCACCCCGUUGCCGACGGCGGAGCCAAAGAAGAACUGCGUCGCAGAGUCCGCAACGUCCUCACACAGAGAACCGUUGUCCUCGGUGGUAACCAGUUUUUACCCGAGAACCUCGAAUUCAGAUACCUUCGGACCGUGUGCAUGAUCUGCGCCGCAUAUGCCGCCAACGUUUUGGAGAAUGCUCUAUCAACCCUCGGUCACGAGGCGCGCGAGAGAGCCUUUGCCCAGACGGACGAACUCUUGGCAGACUACAGUCAAUGGCCAUUCGGGAAGAAGGCCACUAGCACCGGCAUCGGUGCCAACCUGCCUCAGGUCGUUUCAGAGGAAAUCAGCAAGGCCAAGGAAAAGGAGCUGCAGUUGGAAGUUGUUGCCGCCUGCCUGAGCGUCUUUACUCGCCUCGACUCCCUCCUAUAA